AGUCGUCUCUUUGGACCAAACGGCGCCGAAGUUCCUUCGCGAAUCGCGCUCACCCGCUGCGUUCGAGAAGCUGGCGUUGUCUGGGGCGGUACACUAUAGGCAUGGGGGCUCAAUGCGUGAGGGUUGAUGGCCCAAUCGAAGAUUUCAAGAGCCCGGGCAUUGUGAUGCUCCCAGGGAGAAUGCAUGAAGAAGUGGUGCAAGGCCUUGAUGAUGCUUCAGAGGAGGAUAGCAGCCCCACUCCAACGAACGUGGGCAUACCCCUUUGUCAUCAACCACUUUACAUCACUGAAGAGGACAAUGAUGAAGCCACUCCAGUGGUGAUCCCUGGACUACUACAUCCGUGCAAUGCUUCUAUUGGUUCCGUGACGUCUGUAAAGCCAUGCAGGAUCCAAGAUCAAACGCCGGAAACGCUGACGUCCCGACUCCUUGUACAGAAGAAGCUGGUCGCCCAUGAGGAUGUGACAUUCCACAAGGAGCUUUGUAACACUUUAAAGAGUACAGUAUGCCUCGCUGACUGGAAAGGACAAACGGUCGUUGCGAAGAGAAUUAAGAAGAGCCUUUUGAAGGAGGAGGAUGCCAAAGCCAUUGAGACUCGUGACGUGUCGAUGAGGGAGAUGCUGCACGAAUUGAAGAUUUUCACCACGAUCAGCCAUCCUUGUAUUGUGAACUUUAUCGGUGCUGGUUUCGAGAGGGGCCAGGGACCGGUCUUCUUGACCGAGUACAUGGAAGGUGGGGACGUGGAGAGUUACAUGAAGAAGCAACGUGAAACCUCAUUGGAUCAUACUUUUAAGCCCAAAUUCUCCUUGGCGAUGCAAUGGAUCCUCUCAACGGCCGAGGCUUUGGCCUAUUUGCACGGCUUGCCACAGCCCAUCAUCCACCGCGACUUGAAGCCGCUUAAUUUACUAUUGACCAAGGAGCUGAAGCUCAAGGUCACAGAUUUGGGCCUUAGCAAGGUGAUGCCGGGCCAUGGGCAGAAAGCCUCGGAUCCGGUGAAGAUGACCGGAGGAGUGGGUACUUGGCGCUAUAUGGCGCCGGAAAUGGUGCGCCACGAGCACUAUACUGAUCGUAUUGACAUCUACGCGCUGGCCUUGAUCGCCUACUUCCUCUUGUCUGGGAGGCAGCCCUUUGAUUCCUUCUGCCGGGGCGAUGUGGAAAAUAUCCUCAAGGCAUAUCUCAAGGGCCAAGAACCACGGCCAGAAUUGGACAUGUUCACAGGGUCUAUGGAGAUGAGGGCAUUUCUCCAGGAGGCAUGGCAUCCUGAAGCUUCACGUCGACCCAGUGCAGCGGAGUGCGCGGAGAGGUUGGCGGAGAUCUCGACGCACGGACUCCUGCAUUCAGUGGGUGUCUUCUCCAAGAACCUGAAGCGAAACCUUCAGCCCUUUGCAAGGAGCACAACGGCCUAGGAGCCCGCUCAACUCGUUCUUGCGCGGGGGUCCAUUUUUCUUCCCCGCCGCCGACUCCGAGAAUGGUGUCAGGCUGUUUCGCCGUGUGCCACGGGUGUGAAGGUCUGCGAAAUUAGUCUUCAUGCGCUGCCCAGCCUGUGAAAGGACCGUGCGAGCUUGGGGGGAGAGGUGGUGCCGCGGGA